CAUAAGGAUUUCAUCUAAGGUUUAUCACCAGUCUGCCCAACACCCUAUCCUAGUUUUCGUAGUUCAAUGUCGUGACAAAGUGGUUCCCAAUCUUCUCCUUAUUUUAAAACGCAAAUUGUAUAUUAAGAAACACGAUUACUCACUCACCACCAAUGACUAUCCACCGUCCACUAUAAAAUGCCGGUAUCUCACGGGCAAUCCGGGAUCUCCCAAUUUAACUUAUAAUCCACCCUUUCAUGAACCCCGAAAGUUACCCGCUCCCCAAAAUUUUGAUCCCAGCCAGAAUCCCCUAACGGCCAGCAUAGUGCUUGUAGACAAUAACCUAUCUCCCGCCAAUAAUUACACCGCCCCUGCCAUUCCUUUUUACUCCAGUACUUAUACUUACUCCACCCUCGUACCGUAAUUGUACUGUACGGUACACCUGAUAAACACGACCACAUACCCGAGCACAACUGUACUGCCUCCUAGAGCCCCAACCCAACCAAUCCCAGCCUCAUCUACGGCCUCAUAUGCUGUGACACCCAUCCAUUACCGUCAGCUGCUUGAAAAUGAUAUCGGGAGUGCUCCGAGCAAAAUUCACAUCCAAUCGUUCAAUUUCCCAAAUAUUCGGAAUAUUCGUCCGGUCCAAGAGCCCGUAAACCCAUUGUAGCGCGACAGGCGGCCCCCGCUAUCGGUGGGAAAUGGUUCCACCUGCGGCCUGGGCGGGCGCCAAUCCGAAGUCUAGACAAACCCCUAGGGCUUAAUCACCGACGUGGCGGGCCGUUAGUCGCUGGCAGUGCAUGCACGGUCACCAAAUCGAUUGACCGAUACCCCCUCACGUCCGAUGUGGUUCAUGUAGGCUGCCGUCCCGUACCGGCUGCCUUGUUCCGAAGUCAGCCGCAACUAAUUCGAUGUGUUAGGCCUCAUAAAGCGGGGAAAAGCAUGAGCAGCACCCGGAUAGAAACACUGUAUGAUAAAGCACUUUAUUCCAUAGCGCUCCUCACGGUCGGAAAAAAAAAGAGCAGUCAAGAACCUCUCCUCCACAUGGAAUACCCAGCCGCAGAUACACCUCCCUCCGCAUGGGAGGUCGAAGAUAUCGAUUACAAGGACCUCAUGGAGGAUGAAAUAGUGAUAGCGGUGAUGGGCGUCACGGGCGCAGGGAAAAGCCACCUCAUCCGGCAAGUUACAGGACUUAACGAAAUUGCAAUCGGGGACGGUUUAGAAUCCUGUACUCCCCCACUCUACCACAUUCUAAUAUAUCCGAUACCAGAGACAAGCAUAUACUAAGAAGGAGAAAAAAAAAGGCACCGACAAAAUAACAUCCUAUAGGUUCCGACACGACGGUGUAAACAUCACUCUAGUCGACACCCCCGGAUUCAACGACACCUACCGUACAGACACGGAUGUCCUCCUCGACAUAGCGAGAUGGAUGGAAUUUACCUAUCGCGAGAACUUCAAACUCUCCGGAAUAAUCUACCUGCACCCCAUAUCCGCCGUUAAAAUGGAGGGCUCGGCGCUCAGGAACCUACGCAUGUUCCGGAAACUUUGCGGGGAGGACGCGCUCAACCACGUAUUCCUGGCGACGACGCACUGGAAAAACGUCCCCGAGGAGCUCGGUAACAGGCGCGUUAAGGAGUUGAAGGAAAACCCGGAGUUUUGGAAGGGGAUGCUGAGUCGCGGCGCUAAAGUUGCCAAGUACCUCGGCGAGAGGGAGUCUGCUCUGGACCUUAUCGACGUGCUCGUCAAGAUGGGACGCGUGACGCUGGGGAUUCAGCACGAACUUGUGAACGAGGGCAAGGAGCUACAUGAGACUGCGGCCGGGGAAGCGGUGAACGCGGAGCUUGCGCGGUUGCAGAAGAACCAUGAGCUGGCCCUGAAUGCUGUGAAGGCGGAGUGGGUGCAGGCGUUGAAGGAUAAGGAUGAGGAGCUCAAAGAGGUUCUCUCCGAGGAGAGGAAGAGGAUUGAAGAAAAAUUGGCCUUGGUGGAGGGUGACAGGGAGAAUUUGAGAAGGGAGAGGAGGAAGGAGAUUAGGGACCAGGAGGAAGAAUGGCAUAGGCGGGUCAAGCACAUGGAAGGAGCGCAGCAGAAAGAGCGCGACGAAUAUGAACAGCGAUUCAGAGAACUGCAGGCUUCCGUUAGAGAUAGGGAAAGCAUGGUCCCUUGGGCGUCCCUGUUAGAUUUGGCGGUAAAGGGACUGAUUCAUUUUAUCAAUGUCAGGAGAUAGUUCACCUUUUUUCUCUUAUUGUCUAUUCUAGCUUAUACUCUAGCAAUUUCAAACCUCUCAGAUCUUUAUACUAGUUCAAUAGCUAACUAUUUCCUCAGCUCCAUUCAGAAAGUGGUUCAGAAUCAGCCUAGCCUUAACACCCUAUAACCCAUACCCUCAUCAUAGAAUAAGAAAAUAAAAUGCCAUAAUAUUAUGAUAGAUGAUAAGGAGAGGAGGUGCAAGAGUAUUUUUCUUUUCAGUACUAAACCCAAAUAUUGAU